CCCUCAUCAGGAAACACCCUCCUCCUUAGCCUAUUGGGUCUUUAUUUUUGACAUAGCUAGGCAGCAGGUCUCACUUUCACUCGUGAAAUAGCAGAGGGAUGUUGGCUGGAGGCUAGAAGCUAACCCAGACUCAUGAGUAAGCAAAUCCAAAACUGUUUGCUGAUCUGAAGGGGGACUGUAGACUGGGAGAACAGCGGAAGAUCUUCUCUCAUCCUUCCCCAAUAUCUCAUGAUAUUACGCAGAUGUAUUGUGCAUUUCUCUCUCUACAGUGGGAGUGUUUUCAUGCAGCAUUAGCCCAACAGUUCUUUUGUCACAGUGCGACCACCUGCGCUUGAAAACCGGCAAAAGGCGGUGGCUGUCCAGGCGUGCGGACCUGAAAAAAAAAAAAAAAAAGACACAAGAAGCUGAGACUCUGAGCAACCGUGCACAGCUACUCCCCCAGAAACCUAACGGCCCCCCGCCUGCAAGGCAUGUCGACCGCCGGGGAAGUACCAGCCUUCUUCAAGAGCAUGGGCUCUGACAGCCCCGCCAGGCCGAGGCAGAAAUUCUGUGGCAUGUUCUGCCCGGUGGAAGGCUCCUCGGACAGCAAGACGCUGGACUUUGAUGCGCUCUCGGCGUGCAGGAGCAAGAGUGACGGGCGAGUCAUUGACCGGCAGACCGACAUCUCCCAGCCGAGGAAGGUGGAGAUCCGGGAGAGCACAGGGAAAGAAGCUCUGCAGAACCUGGAUGAUAAAAAGAGUGAUCGUCUCCUGAUCAAAGGAGGGAAGAUCGUGAACGAUGACCAGUCCUUCUGUGCUGACAUCUAUAUGGAGGACGGAGUCAUCAAACAAAUCGGGGAAAAUCUCAUUGUGCCCGGCGGGGUGAAAACCAUCGACGCCCACGGGCGCAUGUUGAUGCCGGGCGGCAUCGACGUGCACACGCGUUUCCAGAUGCCCGAUCGAGGCAUGGUGUCUGCCGAUGACUUCUACCAGGGCACCAAGGCUGCUCUGGCCGGAGGCAGCACCAUGAUCAUUGACCACGUGGUUCCCGAGCCUGGCGUCAGCCUCAUCACAGCCUUCGAGCAGUGGCGUGAAUGGGCCGACAGCAAGUCGUGCUGCGACUACUCGCUGCAUGUCGACAUCACCGAGUGGCACAAAGGCAUCCAGGAAGACAUGGAGGCGCUGGUCAAGGACCACGGGGUCAACUCUUUCCUGGUCUACCUGGCUUAUAAGGAUGUUUUCCAGCUUACGGACGCCCAGGUGUACGAGGUGUUCAGUGUGAUCCGCGAUCUGGGAGCCAUCGCCCAGGUGCACGCUGAGAACGGAGACAUCAUAGCUGAGGAGCAGCACAGGAUCCUGGAGCAGGGGAUCACAGGGCCUGAGGGACACACGUUGAGCCGUCCUGAGGAGGUGGAGGCGGAGGCUGUAAACCGCUCGGUGACUGUGGCCAAUCAGACCAACUGCCCUCUCUAUGUCACCAAGGUGAUGAGCAAGAGUGCUGCUGAUGUCAUCGCCCAGGCCAGGAAGAAGGGCACUGUGGUCUACGGAGAGCCAAUCACUGCAAGCCUGGGAACAGACGGUUCUCAUUACUGGAGCAAGAACUGGGCCAAGGCAGCUGCCUACGUCACCUCCCCUGCUCUGAGCCCAGACCCAACCACACCAGACUAUCUCAACUCCCUGCUCUCCUGUGGUGACCUGCAGGUGACAGGAAGCGCACACUGUCCCUUCAACACUUCCCAGCGUGCUGUGGGCAAAGACGACUUCAGCUUGAUUCCUGAAGGCGUCAACGGUACUGAGGAGAGGAUGUCUAUCAUCUGGGACAAGUGUGUGGUGACCGGUAAGAUGGACGAAAACCAGUUUGUGGCAGUGACCAGCACCAACGCCGCCAAGAUCUUCAACCUGUACCCGCGCAAGGGUCGCAUUGCUGUCGGUUCAGACGCCGACCUGGUGCUGUGGGACCCAGACGUCACGAAGAUUAUCUCUGCCAAGAGCCACAACUCGACUGUGGAGUACAACAUCUUUGAAGGCACAGAGGUGCGCGGCGGGCCUCUGGUGGUGAUCAGCCAGGGCAAGAUCGUCCUGGAGGAAGGGAACCUCCACGCCACUGAGGGCUCGGGGCGCUACGUGGCCCGCAAACCUUUUCCGGACUACGUCUACAAGAGGAUAAAAGCUCGCAGCAGGCUGGCUGAGCUGAGGGGUGUGCCCAGAGGACUGUAUGACGGCCCGGUCUGCGAGGUGUCUGUGUCAGUCACCCCGAAAACCAUGACCCCUGCCUCCUCUGCCAAGACCUCCCCUGCCAAGCAGCCCAACCAGCCCGUCCGUAACCUGCACCAGUCUGGUUUCAGCCUAUCUGGGGCUCAGGUUGACGACAACAUUCCUCGCCGGAACACCCAGCGCAUCGUGGCGCCGCCGGGCGGCAGGGCCAACAUCACCAGCCUGGGUUAGAGCUCCGCCCUCGGCCACCGGGGGGGAGGGACGAAGACCGGAGGACGGCCAACAGGAGCUGAAGGGUGGAGAAACCACGUCACCACACCGGGAGCCGAAACCCUUCGCAGCACCUGACCGGGCCAUCCAUCUAUCGCCGUCUUUCACCUCCUCCUUCGCCGCCUUUCACCUCCCCACUCUCCUCCUCCCAAAACCCCAUCCUAGAGGACACAGUUAGAAAAAGAAAAAAAAAAAGGGUCUGCCUCGUAUGAUAAAAAAAAAAAAAAUGAAAACACUCCUUAUUUGAGCACUUUUGACUGCAUUAUUUUUUUUUAUACCGUACUUUCUCCCUGCCAUGUAUCUUUUUGAUGUUUGUUUUACUGAUGUUUUAAUAGAGGGAUCAAGUGGGACUAAAUUAAAUUAACACAUUUAAGAGAAGAGGAACAUUUUCAUGCAGGAUGCCUAUUGCAUUUCCAUUCUUCCUUUUCAUUUUGGGGAGUAGUUUAAAUGGGUACAAAACCAGUAUUGUUACCUUCUUUUCUUGCUUUUCUUAAAAGGCCAAUGUGUAGGUUGCUUGAAAUUGAACUGUGUCACAGUUUAUUUUACUGACAAGAAUAGAGCACUUCUUUCAAGCUGUCUGGGAUUUGCAUUGUGUUGCAUUUCAACAUCACUUUCCAGUGCAUCGCCUUCCGUCACACACUGCUGCAAUCAAUAUACAAUUGAUUAUUCGCCAUGAGGACGGCCUUAAGGUUUGAAAAAUGGAACAACACCGCAAUCUUUUAUUAAGGUUUUAGACUGGCUCUCGUCUUGUUUUCCCACCUGUGGCUUUGCUAAAGUACAUAAGUUGAAAACCAUGUUCCAUAUUUGGCAGCUCCCUUAGAGCUUGAUUAGCAGAAGGAGCUUUGGCAGGUAGGAAAUGGAGUGUAAUGCCUCAUCUCUGAGGGAUAGGCCAUAGUUAAGUGGGAGAGUUGAAGGAAAGAUCUAGGGAGGAAAGAGAAAGUUGUACUCACCGUUCAAACUCACCCUUUCCUUGCCUUACUGUCUCUAAAUGCCGUCCUAUUAGAGAGGUGCGGGGAAGGUGCCAUUCACUCUGCAGCUACAUAUUUUCCGGUUUUGUUUGCGUUCCUGUGAUUCAUAAAGGUCCAUAAUGGUUUUCGAUUGACAGCUGUUUGUUAACUGAUAACCGUCCCAUCACCAACCAGUGCAUUUACUUACAGAAUGUUUCUCCUCCUCCAAAUGUGACUGUUUUAUACUCAUCCAAAUCCCUCUUUCUUUUCUACUCCUUAUGUGCCUGAACCCACAGAAGUUGUACUGAUAGUUUGGUUUGUUCUUGUUUUGUUAUUCUUAUUGAGGUAAGUGAAGGAUGUAAGAUAAAAAAAAAGAGGAAGAUGUAAAAUAGCCAGGAUAAACCGAUUCAAAGGUGCCAGAUUUUGCGCUUUCAUAGGGCCUAUUCUGCCGGUAGAGCCCCUGUAAAGACGGAAAAUGCUCGAUUAUCUUAAAAAUGUUCUAAUGUUUUAGAGUUUUUAAACUUGUUGUCAAACUGCUUUUUAGUGUCAUUCUGUAACUAGGUGCCUAAGGGCUCAGCACUAUUGAUUUUACGCUUGAAAGUAGACAUGAGAUAAUGUAUUUCUGACUAGUGUGCGGUGUUGAUGUGAUGGCUGGGACACGCACAGCAGGUUCCUGUACAGCACUCCUUACUGUUGUUGACGUGACAUUGCUCCGGGCUGUGCUGAGCACUCAUACCUCCUUUUUUUUUCUUUUUUUUGCAUGAUCUGGUUUUCAUUAAGCCAAGCCACUGAGUUCUUGUGUUAGUUGUUAUGUCAACGAGGUCUUGGCCACCAAACAUCUUUCUGCAGCCUUUUUCUUCCCCAUGACUCAACACGGAGCAACAAGCUCCCCCUGACAUAAGGACCAGUACUAGUCUAUGCUUUAAACUGGUCUUUAAUUAUUUAGACUAGUCUAAUGUAGACCAUCGUGCAUUCAUGUUAACACAGAAGACCUACUUGUUGCUGUAGCAGCACAUAAGAGCUAGCGUUAGCUUUAGUUAGCUGUGACAUUUAGGCUUAUUUAACUGGCCCCUGAUUCCCUCACACAUACACAUAAUAUAUAGAUACAUACAGACGACAUCACCUCUGUAUCUGUGAUUUCAAACCCCGGUUUUCUGGUCUCCUCUGGUCUAACUGGAAGCAUAUAGAAGUCUGUCAGCGUAUAUGUAUUUAAAGAAUCCAAAAGCAGGGGGGGAAUGAAAUGUGUCUGAAACAUUCAAAGAUGAGACAAGAUAGAAAUGUGAAAUGAAAACUCCAUCUCCACGGCAACUUGUGCACAUCACACAAAGCAGUGGGGAAUUUGACCCUGUGUGUCUGACGAGUGUUUCUUCCUUUCACAGUGGCCUUCUGUUGCCUCUUUUCCUUUUUUUUUACCAUCCUAAUGAACAUUGCAUUGACACUUGUAGCCCUCUCUUAUUAUAGACGCACUCUACACUGUAUGACUCCCUCCUGUUACUUCAGGUGGGAAAGUAUGUGGUAGAAGAGAUGGGAGGUGGAAUCCUAAACACGAAUGCUAAUUGGCAGCAAGCGUAGCCCUCGGGAGACCGUUUGCUCCUUGUAUUUUAGUAUUUUCCAUGUCACUCCUUCCUUUCAGUUUGUCUUUAUCCGCCUUUCUCUUCCUUUCAUUCCCCUCUCACUCUCUCUCUUUCUUUCAUUCUUCCCCUCCCUCCCUCUCUGGCUCUUUCGUUGUUUCUGGCUGUUGCCGAGGCGACAGACCUCUCCACUCUCACAGGGUUGUGCUUUUUUGUUUGUCAUGGCAACGCUUGUCAGAUUGGAGGUUGCUUAUAGCAACCCUUACUGACCUGGUGCUAUUGGCACACACACACACACACACACAUACACACAUACACUAUUAUAAUUAUUCUGUGACAGCUCUGCACCAUUUCUACAAAAUCCUGUGCUGCAUUGCGUGGAAUCCAGAACCCCCUGCUGCUUAAAAAGAGUUAUUAGUUGACAGCACAUAACAGACUAUAGAAGAAACAAACACACAUACACACGCAUCAAACAGCCGUUGCUGUGAUACAGCAACCGUGCCUGAAGAAUUGACUUGGACAUAAAAAAAUCUAAAAAAAAACAUCCUCGCCGUGUCCCAUGCCUCCUCGAUGUACACACACUAAAACACACACUUAUACUCCUUUUAAUGCUCUUGUCAGCUUGGAUGCUUUUUCUAUGCCAUAUUAUGCUAAUGAUAUAUGAGUGAUAUGUAUGUACGCUACGUGCUGCAAGCUGAGAGGAGCUUCCUUCCGUUCUGAGGUUGUUGAUGCUGUUGAACACCUCCUUGCCCCCCCCCCGAACCCUCUGUAAGCCUUUCCCCCUUGUGAAAGUGAAACUGUGUGAUGGUAUUUGUCUUGGUGGCUGUGGGGUUCCUGGGAUGCUUGCUCAUUAUGGAUAAAGUGUCAAAUCCCACAGAUGGUGAUGUAAAAAACAAAACAA